AGUUCCUAAUCCGAGAUUGGUAAUGGCUCACGAGAUACCGCUCCCUCGCACGGGCGGAGUCUGAUACUGGACGUCUCCCAAUCCCUUUGUCUGUCCGCUUUCCUCGUAACGAAUCCAAGUAUUAAUCAAUACGAACGGCUCGGUUGAGAUGCCGUGAUCUCUCAGAAGUGGCUAAGAGAUCCUGCUUGCCGCAGCUUCAAUCCAUUUUAUUGAUAUCACGAAUCCAAAGGGCUUGAGAGGCGCCGAGAAAUGCAGCCAAGAAAUGUAUUUAGAGACCAGAACAUCCCCGUUUUCAUUCUUGUCAUUGUCAUCACAGCUUAGAACAUUUUCACAUCUCCCACAUUUUAAAUCAAUCAUCAUCAAACCCCAGAAUACCAAUCCGCAAAAAUGGUUGCAUUAACUCGCGUCUUCGUCAUUAUGGUCGCCUCGGCAGCAAUCGGCUGUGAGGCCUCUAAGGUUGGCAAAGCCAUCAAGGGCUUUUUCACCAAUUUGCUCAAAGUUCGCGGCGAGACUCCCUUCUGGGGACGAGAUGAAACCCUCGCUCAACUGGCCCAGGAAUACCCUGAUUGCGUGAACGAACUCAAGGCUGGGACGCAACCAAUUGUAGUCGUCCACCCCAACAAUAGUAUGUCCGUCACCGGAAUGCCGGCCCCUUGCAUGUCCGAGGUCGAGAAACACAACGCCCUGCCGAACAUUCAAGAGCUUAAUGCCAAGGAGGGCAGCGCCAUCAUUCUGGGAGCCAAUUCCCUGCUUCUUGAGAAUAUUGAUGAGGAAGUAAUUCAAUUCUUCAAACAGCAUCAGAAACCCACCUAAGCAGCUCAUCUAAAACGUGGAGUGGGUAUGUUUAGGCAUUUGCUGUCUUUAGGGCGCUGGGGGUAUCACGCAGUGACGCAGAGGAGAGGGAGGCUUUUCUUUGUGUUGUUGUCAUUCCUCAUUUCACUAUCCUGUAUUGUUCUUAUCAUCAUUAUCUGAUUCGAAAAGCUCGGGAUUUGGUUUCAAAAGG